AUGACUUGGCUUGAUAACAUCAUCAAAGAGGCUGGGAAGGGUAGCGAGGAGACCGACGAGGAGAUGCCUAAGAACGAGACUUUAUCGAAAGAACUAACAGCAGAAGAGCAGGCAGCUGCCAAAAACAUCUUGGACAUGCUAAGCAGCAAGCAGAAAUACGACGAAGACCUCAUACGCAAGGAUGAAGCACGUAUCUUCGAAUCAGAUGUACCCGUGGAUAUCAACGGCCACGAGAACCACACGAACGAAGCCGUCUUCUACCAGCCCAGCACUUCAUACACUAAGCAUGUGCCAGGUGUACCCUAUGCCGUAUCCGACGUCAACUGGAUGUGCAAUCAAUGCACGGAACACAAGAUCUGCGAGCGUCACCUCCAUGACCGCAAGCCCCAGAAGACCGAUGUAUCCCUCUGCUCCGACAGCCAUCUGCGCAUGGCGGUGUACUGGGACAUCAGCGACCCCGAGAAUCGCAAGAAGACAUGGCGAUUCGUAAUCGAGGAGAAAUACGACCGCUUCAGGGACCCUGAACAAGUGCGCUCCAAGCACGACUUCGCCGCAAACCGCGGCGGCGGAUGUAAACCAUACGAACCAGUACAUAGGAUCAAGGAACUUGCUUCCAGAAUCUUCCAGGACUACAACGAGGACCAGAAGGACAAAGCUCGUGUGGCGAACCUGGACUCCAAGGGCCGCGAAUACUAUACCAAGCCCAAGCACUGGGGCGGCAAGGAGCCUUUCAAGCCAUCUGAGGCAGCACAUGUGCGCGCAGCACACGAGUACGAUCCCUCUGGCGGCAGUAGGAUCGAGGCCGAACUCUGCGUGCUGUUGCAAGCAUGGUAUCAAUCCAAACUGCCCCAGUCCGAGCACGGCAUUGACCGCACAACUGCCAACGCCAACAAGAUCUGGCGCAAGAAGAUGGAGCUGCAGGCCGUUGAUAAAGUCGCGCAAUUGGCGGGCGGCAAGUCCGGAUUCAAGGAGAAGAUGGCGACGUUGUUGCUUGGCGCCAUGAAGACGAAUGCGAACGAGAUGAAGCGCUUCGAGAUGAAUAGUCGGGCUGUACGCGACACGACGAUGAAGACAGGCGUCGAGCGGGCUGCUUGGUGCGCAGAGCGUUUGCGGGCGGAGAAGGCGGCGAAGAGCAAGGCUCGCUAUGCGAAGAAGGAGGAGACGCGUAGGGCGGCUUUUGUCGAUAGUGUAGACUCCUCAUCUGAGAAGGCUGAGGAGGUCACGGAUGACACACUAGCUAUGUUUGAGCAGAUGGCGAAGGAUGUGGAGGACGAAGACAAGGGCGGAAAGCAGAAGCCGAAGCAAGUCGAUCCCAUCACGAAGCCCAAGGUGUCCAAGGCGCCUCGCGAGCCUACGGCGGAGGAGCGCGAGCUCUUACAGAAGAUCCAGGACGCGGGCGAGGAGGAUGCUCAGGAGGAGGAAUCUGUAGAUCCCGAGCCCGAGGCUGAGAUCGAGGAAGAAGAAGAGGAAGAGGAAGAGGAAGACGCAAAGACAGAGACUCCAAAGAGCUCGAUUCCGGAGCCCAAGUCUAACAAGCGCAAAGCCACCACCUCCAUCUCCCCUUCCGCUCCCUCAGCAAAGAAGUCCAAGAAGGAUCCUAAGCCCAUCGCCACGCCCAAACCCAAGCGCAAGGCUACUACUCCCGUAUCCUCAGAGCCCUCAGCCAAGAAAUCCCGCAAAUCGUACAAGUCCGCCGACAUCAUCGACGACUCGAACGACGAAGCGGACUACGACCUGCCAUCCGCCCCAGCACUCGCAUUGUCGGAGCAGCGCGAGGGAUGGAAGAUUCUCGGCGUUGUUGGCGAGGGCGUUAAGGUUGUGCAGACGGAUAGGAAGGCGAAGAUUGUCAAGGCUGCCAAAGCGGAUAGCGAGGAGGUGAGUGUGGAUGUUGUGGUUGAGCGGGGGACGACGAUUGUGAAAGAGGUUGUGAGGCGGGACACGCCUGUCCGUACACCUUCACCUGAGCCGAAGUUUCCUCGCACAGCUGCGUCUCCCGCUCCGUCUCAUACAUCUUCCGGUCAAUCUGCUUCCUCUGCAUCAUCGAAGAAACGCAAGACCGUCAGUUGGUCGGACGGCCUCGUCGAGCAGCCGGAGAAGAAGCGCAAGUUCUCGCAGUUCUACGCCCCGGGCGUUGGUCAGGCAGAUCACGAUGACGACUUGUUUGAGGAGUAA